AUGGACGGACGACUACAGGUUGAUCCACAGAUUAGGAGGGACAUUGAAACUGCGAGAGCUGAGAAGGCUCAACUUCAAGCGAAUACAACUCAUAGUUGGAACGUUUAUCGACGUCUUGAAUGCCUUGGACUAGUUCAACAAUACCUUCAACAGACCAAGGAGAAUCCAGGACAAUUGAUGAAUGUCGACGCAAUUAUUGCGGGCUAUAGAGCGUCUCAGGCUCAGGCGCAGUUGGAUUGGAAGUCAUGGGCUGUUUCAUACUGGGUCCAAGGUGUCAAAGAUACCGAGAGACACUUUGAAUGGGAAGACUGCAUCGACCGAGGAGCUAGGGCCAAUACAUUUCAACAAUCCAUGUGGACAGAAGGUCUCAAACUCAUUGCUCGGGUACCAGGUGCUAGAGGAAACCAUCUCCCAAUAAUCUUGGGGGAUGAUGCCCCUGUAGAUCUCUCCGGACUCAACCCGCCUGCAGGGGCUGAACCUGGAGCUUUCCUUCUCAGUCAAUUGACCAUUAUGGUCAAUCCUGAGUUCGCAUACAGAACUGGAAGAACGACUAUAUUGAUUUCUUCAGCGUUACUAGGACAAAUUGAGGCCUCUGCUGGCUCUCUUGCGCCCGAGCUGGGCUAUAGUGUCUUCCAUUGUGGAAAUGGAACGCUCAGAGUAUAUCGCGCUGUGGCCCUCGAUGUUAACUUUUCCAAGAUCGAACCCGAGCUUAUGGAGCAUACCUGGAUCACUUGUCGCUGUGCUGUAUCAUCUGACCUUGAACAAGAUGGGCUUCGUGUUUUGUACAGCACCAACAGCCUAGAAGCUUGUCGUGGCAUGAUAGCAUUAGAAGUUGAAGAUGGGGAGGAAUAG